AUGGACGUAACGGCUUACAAAGCACCGCAAUGGUUUGAAAAGAGUCGUCAGCGUCAGGUGCGAGAGGUCCCGGACUCGAUCUCCGGCAAGGCCCAGCCUCUCGUGCAGUCGGCGGAACAUGAGGACGUGAAAAGCGAGGACCGGGACAAGUUUAAAUCGAAGCUGUUUGCUGUGCGCGAGGAAGCGAGCACUCCCAACAAGAUCGAUGGACGUAACGGCUUACAAAGCACCGCGAUGCUCGUGCAGUCGGGGGUGGAAUAUGAGGACGUGAAAAGCCCCGGUUGGUGUGGCCUUGUGGUCUAG